AUGGCCGCGUUCAUGAAGGCGAUGUCGGGAGCGAGCAAGGGCAAGAAUCGCGAGGGUGGCCGCCGUCGCUCCAGCGCGUUCUCGAUAUGGGACGGCGUGGUGCCCGUCCCCGACGAGCAGGAGCAGACCGCCGGGGUCGACCCGCGGCUCGUGGACGAGCUCCUGGCGCAGCUCUCGCAGCUGAUCGCGGGGCAGGAGCGCCUGGAGGGGAAGAUCGACGUGGUCCAGAAGGAGGUCGGCUCCCUGGGCGCCAUGUCCGCGGGGCAACCCCUGAUGCAGGUGGCCCCGUCGGAGCUCGCCAGUCGGAGCUCGUCGCUCCAGGUCGGUGUGCACGGCGGCCCCACGCAGGAGGAGGGGGCGGAGAGCUCCCAGCUCGUCGGCUUCAAGGGCAGCUUGGACCCCCGCCGGGUCCGGCCGGCGAGCCGCUGCGCGCCCGGCGGCGCGCCCGCGCGCCGCGCGGCGGACGUGGCGGAGGGCUCGCACCCGUGGUCGAGCCUGCAGAUCAGGAUGGAGCUCCUGAAGCACUCGGGCAGCCAGGCGGACGAGGCCGGGGCCAAGCUCAGGAGGAGAGGCACCCGGGCUGCCGGCGGCCCCGGCGGCACGGCGUUCUUCGGCGAGACGCCGAGCGGGGCGUCGCCGCAGGCGCUGGUGAUGCACCCGGAGAGCCCCAAGCGCGUGGUCUUCGACCUGUUGGCGAUGGUGGUGCUGCAGUUCGACCUCCUGCUGGUCCCGUACGCGCUGGCGUGGGACGUGCGGUUCGAGGGGCCGCUUUUGGUGGUCGCCUGGAUCGUGGCGGGAUUCUGGCUUCUCGACCUGGUCCUGGGACUCUUCACGGGCUUCUACCGGAACGGGGAGCUAGAGAUGCGUCGGAAGCAGAUCCGCCGGCACUACGUCCGGACGACGUUCCUCCUCAACGCCUUGCCUCUGGUCUGCGACGUGGCGAGCCUGAGCCUCGCACUGGGCGGCCUGGAAGGAAGCGCCGGUGUGCUCAGGAUGCUGGACUUGGUCAGGGUCCACCGGCUAUGGUCGAUCUCCACUGGGCUAGUGCAGCGGAGCUUGUCAGACAAGUGGAGCAUGGUAAUGCAGGGGGCGCAGUUGGUGUACGCGGUGGUGUGGAUGAACCACAUGCUCUCGUGCGCCUGGUACGCGAUCGCUCUGUGGACACCUAGCGACACAGGAGAGCGUUGGUUCGACAGUCUGCAGACCCCCGGAGCCGAAGAAGGCCAGUUCCAGAAGACCAACGCCGUCUACCAGUACUUCACGGCCUUCCACUUCUCCAUCGCGCAGCUGUUCGCGGGCGGAUUGGAGGGUGUGUCGCCCUUGAGCACACUUGAGCGACUGUUCAAUAUUUUCACGCUACUGUUCGGCAUGCUCUUCGUAAGCUCGCUGGUGGGCGCCCUCUCGACGACGAUGAUGCAGAUCAAGCUCAGAAACGAGGAGUCGGCGGGGAGACUGCGAGAGCUGCGCCAGUUCCUGAGCGAGCAGAGCAUCAGUGCGGAGACGGCAGUGCGGGUACAGAAGCAGGUCGCGGAGCGAAUGUCCAAGAAGAAGCGCUUGACGGACAAGGACGUCUUCGCUCUUUCGCUGCUCUCCAACUCGUUGCGGUGGACGCUGAGGUCUGAGAUCUUUGGGCCUGAGAUGGUCGGGUAUCCCCUGUUCCGCCUCUGCCAAAGCAUCGCCCCCGAUCUCCUUUCGCGCAUGUGCGGGGAGGCCGUGGACACGAAGGAGAUGUCGCUCGGCGACGUCCUCUUCGAGGCGGGCACCUUCGCGAACAGCAUGUUCCUGCUCACCGCCGGCACGCUCAAGUACAAGUACACCCCGCCCGAGAAGCACGACCCCGACCCAGAGGAGCUGGAGGUGGAAGAAGUCGAGGAGGAGCAGGAGGUGAUGGAGACCGUCUCGUCGAACUUCUCGCCGCAGUGGCUUUGUGAGAUUGCGUUGUGGACGCAGUGGACCCACUUCGGAACCGCACUGGCGUUUGACGCGUGCGAGCUGCUGGUGAUCAAUGCGGCCAAGACCCUGAGCAUCGCGCUGAGGCACGCGCUCAUCAAGGACAUCUUCAUUGAGUACGGCAGAGAGUUUCACAAGCGCGCCGUGUCCGCGACGAAUGCGAACGAGCGGACAACCGACAUCCACGUCCCGAGCGCGUCCUACGACGAAUUGGUGUUCACCAUGAACCACGAGACGCGGAGAAUGAUUGGCCAUGUUGUGGUCGCAGAGGUGAAGGCGCGAGGGCACGUAGACAUGAGGAAGGUCGCGAGAUUGGUGGAGGAGGUGGACGAUGGACGGUCAUGCGUGGUAAUGAAUGGCGACGGAGAGGUUGAGCGGGCCGUUGCCGUCACGGUGCUGCAGCUGAACGACACCGCAGGGAACGUCCUAGUACAGAUCGCCAAGACUGUAGAAGACACAUUCGCCCCAGUGUGCCAACUGCCAGGUGUGAAGCAGAAGGGCAGCGAGUCGCCGAGCGAGGCCAUCCAGCGGCUGCUGACGGACCUCUCUCCGUUGGUCCCAGCGGUCCAAAUCAAGAGGUCUGACCUCCAUCGGCAAGUAGACCUCAAGGACUCCCCAACGUACGGGACGCCCACAAAGUAUUUGCGCACAACCUACACAGCCUCUCUGGAGCAGCCGUUCGUCCCUGGUGCAGCCCUUCAGCCCUACGCCCCCGUGGAGGCGGGGGACCCCCCCUCUGGUGGAGAGGGCCAGGGCGGCUCGUCCAGGCCAUCCGUCCCGAACAUCGCGGUCUACAGGAUGCAGGAGGGCCUCUGCGCGAACAACGUCUACGCCUGGAUGCCGCCCGACGACCUCAAGUUCUACAGCAGCAUGGUCGGGAGGUCGGCCCUGAACAAGUGGAUCGCCUCGCUGGGCUCCCCAUGCGCCGCCCCGCCCUCCCGCCGCGGCAGCACGCGCGCCGCCUCGAAGAGCACCGCGCACUCGGGCAGGGCGCCGUCGCCGCCGAUCCUCGCGGCCGCCGGCCCGCAGCACGCGGCGCCGCCUCCGCGGGGCCAGGGCUCCGCGAAGGCGCUGCGGGGGCGCGCCGCCUCGGUGGAGCUCUCCGCCUGCCCCUCCACCGCCUCCGGGAACGUCGUCGACUUCGCCUCGGGGUGGACGCCCACUGACACGCCGGGGUCGCCCACGGAGCCCGCCGCGGAGGGCGUCGCCGUCGUCGCGCUGCGGCCGCCCGAGGAGGCGCCGCCGCUGCCGCCGCCGCCGGGGGCCGUCGAGGAGCAGCGGCCCCCCGGCGUGCCUCGGCUGCAGGAGGAGCCCCCGCCGCGGCUAGGCCCCCGUCCAUCCGCUGAGUCCAUCCGCUGA